CGAUCACGCACGUAUGAGUGAACGCGCGCAUAUGCAACUUUCGGUAUGAUCGAAUGCGCAUGCGCAUCGCGCGCACCCCACCCACAGACAGACAGGCCGCUGCUCCGCUGUUUGUAACAAGCAGAGAGUCUAGAACGCCACACCAGCGUCGAGCGCAACCGGCCUCGGCUUCAAACAAGACACGAUUAUACUCCUGCUGUGAAAACGAACGGUAUACGGUAUUGAGAAAAAAGAACGGACGAUAUUAUACGUAAGAAGGAAAAGAGGAAAAUAAAAGAGAUCGGUAGUGUACGCGUGCGCGUUAUUAUAUAUUAUAUUUCGUUGUUUCUCGUCAAGCAGACCAAAUGAUGAGUGUUCGCAAAGAUUUUCUGUGAAAAACAGGAAAAAAGGUUCGUUCACCUUUCUGUUCGAGAGUUGUCGGUAUACAAUCAUAUCUCUGCACGAUUGGUUGCAUAUUUGGAUUGUGUGCGAUAUUCACCGAGAACAUAAACGUGUACACUUUAUAUUGAAAAUUGAGUGUAAUUUGAAGUGGCGAAACGAAAAGAAUCGAUGGAAACUCGGCGGUUCGAAGAUCGAUUCGACUAUCGACCGGCACGGCAAUACGAGCGAACGUGAAAAAAGUUGGAAGAGAGGUUAGAAAAGACAAGUAAGAGUAAAGAUUGUGUCGUGUACGUGAUUGCGAAGCCCGAAGGAAUACGUGGUCGAAGCAAAAAGCGAAAAAAGUGCCGAAGAAAGAGAGAAUAAAAGAAGAAGAGAGAGCAAGAAGGAAAAGGCGAGAAAAUAGAGGUGUUGAGUGGUGGGCCUGCGAGCCGGACAGUACGUGCCUGGGCUGCGCUCGCACGAUCUACACCGGCAUGGCCGCCGAGGCCAGCUGAACUUUUUCUUCUCUCUCUCUUGCACGACGAUCGUUGCUCCCACCCACUUUAUGCAUCUUUCUUCCUCCCUUCCUUCUUUUCUGUCUCAUUUCUCUCUCUUUCUCGUUCUGUCAAUCCUUCUUCGUCUUCGUUCACGCUUCUCCCACUUCUUGACUGUCUCGUCAUUUCGUCUCUUUUUUUCUUUCUUCCAUCCAACUCGUUCUGACUCUCUUUCUCUUCCGUUCUUUGCUUAACGCAAGAGAGGACCGUGCGCCACGAAUACCCAGACUCCUUGUGUAUGCGUUCGCUUAUGUGUGUAUACGCGCAGUUUGCCAGCCAUCGCGGGGAAAUCGAGUGGAGGCUUGCCAUUCGAGAAAAUCAGUGAACGCAAGCGAACCCCUUACAACUACUGCUAUUUAACCACGGACACAUGCGUCAGAUUUAUCGCGGCAGUGGUCUUCAUAACUGAUAUCGUGAUGUGCGUGUGUGAUUCAACGUAAAAGUUGUUUUAUUUGAAUCACCGAUGGAAAUUAAUUUUCUCGCAUAAAUAACGAAGGAAAUAACGUGUAUCAUUCAGAGGAAUGAGUGUAAUGUGCGCGAAAGAGAAAAAUACUGUAUUGCGAUGAUUGCGACGUUGUUCGAUCAAGUUGAUCGCUAUAUCUACAAUUAGAUCGUUCAGGCACAAACACGACGCGAUAAAUGGUUGGUUGACUUUGAAAUUUUAUAACACGCGAGAACAGUGAAAUUCCCGUUGACAGUCGAUCAGUCAAUCAGUCAGUCAGUCAGUCGUCAAAGUACGGGGCGACGCAAUCAAUCGUGACGCACCUGUCGGCAUCGUCGUCGUCGGGGUGCUGGCUAGCAGUGGCAGAGAGUGUGGCAGUGUCUCGUAUGCCGGCAGCAGAAGACGGAAGAAUAACGGAGGGUAGAAUAAAGGGCAAGCAUCCAGCUCGGUGAAGUUUACGCACGAGGACGUACACGAGAGAGAAGAGAAGACACACGGAGGAAGAAGAAACGCUUCGAGGAAGAGGAAAGAAGGAUGCGCGAGAAGGAAAACGUCGGUGAGGACCUCCUACUCGUUGCUUUUCCACGACGACGAGCAGUAGUACUGUUGUUCGAGGUGCGAGCCGCGUGACACGAAUGCGAGAGUGUGAGAGAAAGGAGAGGCAGGAACGAGGGGGAGAGAGAGAGAGAGGAAGGAGAUCUACCCAACAGCGAAGGCAUAUCCGGCCGUGGCAUGUGCGCACGACAAGGACAGAGUGAAGUGGCUAUUUCUGUGGAGCAUAGGGGGCCGCUCGUAUAAAAUAAGCAGUGAAUGAAGGAGCCUGUUUACUGGCAGACGGCCUACGCGAGAUUCAGUCGUCGACUCUCUUUCUCUCGCGCUCUCUCUCUCUCGGCCGCGCACGCUAAUCGUCGUUCCCUCGUGCCUUCUCUCUCUCUCUGAUUUUCGCUCUCGCUCUCGCUCGAGCAGGCGUCCCGUAGCGGAAAGAGAAAGGGAAAAAGAAAGAAAGAGAGACGGACGCGCAUCGUUGCCACGAGAGAGAGCCGUGUGUGUUCCCAGUGCGCGAGAAGAGUCCGCAGUGUAUUCACCGGUCUUGUCCUGUCUUGCCUCGUCUCGACUCGUCUCGCCACCCCUUCCUCCUACCUCACCACACCUCGCUCUACCUCUCCUCACCUCCUUCACCUCAUCACGCACCUUAGUACUCCAUCGACACUCCGCCCUUUGCCUCACUUUGUCUCGCUUCGGCUUGCUUCCUCUUCUCGUGUUCCUCCGCUUCUCUCCACGUAACCUCGCCGCCUCACCUCAUCUCUCGUCCCGUCUCGCUUUGCCUCGCCUCGCCCCACCUCGUCUUGGCUAGCUUUACCUCGCAUCGCCUCGCGUCGCCUCGCCUCAGUUCGCCUCGUCUCACUUCGUCUCGUCUCGCCUCGCCACGACUCGACUCGACUCGGUUCGGUUCUCGUCUCCUCUUCCCGUGCUUAUGUUUUUCUUGACAGAGCUCUACGCCGGAGUCACUGUGCCGCGUUCGCCGCUUUCGUUCCUAACCAUGGAAAUGUACCGAUAAUCCGUAGCUUUCGCAAGUUUCUCGUUCCUCUCAUACGUUUUACCACACGUAUACAUCCGUACCGGAGCAUGUGUUUACGUGCUGUGACGUGACCAGUGCGAAGAGAAGUGAACAAUUUUUCGAGAUUUCACGGUGCGCGCGCUUCACUUCCCAUCUUUCUUUCUCGUUUCCCUUCCUUUUCGAACCGCGUGUUGUGUGCUCGCGGAUUCGACGACGCGAAAAACAGUGAAAGAGACUACUGAAAGAGAGAAAAAACGAGUUUCUCGGCUCGCUUCUCCGAUGAGUUCGUGCUCGUACACGUGCCACGGGGAUUGGAGCAAGGGAUAAAGCUAAAGCGGAAGAUUUGCGGUUCUGUGAAGGAUACAGGUGAAACGGAAGUGCCGAAAGUGUGGAUACCUUGGACUACGAGCCGCCCCCGGUGCUGCCACCGCGGCGCCCGCCCUGGCCGUUCAACAGCCCGAGCAGCACCGCCUCGAGGUACAUCGGGCAGCGCACCAUCACCAUCGCCACCACGUCCCCGUUGACACCGACGGCGGCUACGACGACUACCACGUCGACGACGCCACUGACAACGACGCUAGUAUCGGCGCUGUCCGCCUCCCAAGGCUCAACGACCUCCUCGUCUGCGCGAGUGUCGCCGCAGCCGCCACCCUUGACGCCGCCCCAGUAUCCUGCGCCUCCACGGCCCCCUAGUCGAAACGCAAGAAGUUUCUCCGCGCCGCUACUACUUUGCAUGCGAAGUCAAAACAGCUUCCGACGACCAACUCUCUCUCCGUUUGGCUCGCAAGGGAAGUUGAACAGAGGCCGGCAAACAUCUGUCGUAACGUCUUCGCUGCAUGGGGCGCGCGUUCCCUGUCAGUUAUGACAAAAAGCUGCAACAUCCUGGAAAACGGCGGUGCAAGUGGGGAUGAAGCGCGUGUCGCGAGGGCGAGAGGAAGCGGACGCGGAGCAUUACCGAGCCUCAUCCUCGCUAAUGGAACGCCCUUGUCGAGAGUGUCACCACCUCGCGCGGGCUGGCCAGUGCGGAUCAACGAGGCGACACUUACUACCCCGAGUCAAUCAAUUCACUAUCAGCAGCAGCAACAACACCACCACCACCACCAGAAUCAGCAUACAUCGAGUCCAAGCACACCGAGAGCUGUCGAACAAUGGGCUAGCGAGCGGGCAACAUCGUCGGUUUUGUCGGUUGGUCGUUCCGCAUCACCAUCCUCGCCAGAAACAGCAAGGAGACCGGGAACAGGAUCGUCUAGAAGAGUUUUCUCGUCGUCGAGUCGAGUUAGGCCAGGAGGCGGAGGUGGAGGUGACGGAAGAGGAGCAGAAAGAAGCACAGAGAUCGGUAACGGUAUCAAUUUCACGAAUCACUGGCAGGAGGAAGAAGAGCUGGAGGCGAAGAAGAAGGAGGAGCACCGGAAGCGUUGCGUGGACACAGCGGCGCAUUGUCAAGCCGAGCAUCUUGAACUGAGAGGUCGGCCGAUGUCGCAAAACAAUGCGAUCGCGCCGCUCUCGCGGCCACCCUCCUCGCAGACGAAUAUAAACGACACCACCGAUGCCGUAGCGAACAGCAACGUUGACGAUGGAGAAGCGCAUUCCGUUCAACAGCAAAAUGUCACCACCACUGGUCGCGUCCAUGAUCACAAUCGGCCGUUUCCUCCGCCAAGAUUGCCGAGCGUGCACGUUGCCACUGCCUCGACAGCGCCCCCUCUCACAGCAUCGUCGAAUCCGAGAGUAUUGGUCACAGCGCCGCUCAGUCCGCUCUCGAACACCUUCCGAAGCAGACCGAGAAACGUGGAUACUUCGACGAGCGAGACGAAUGCUCGAGGAUUGGUAUCGAACGACACGCCACCUAGAAGUCCUAUAAGCGAAGUGAGUCUGACCGUGCCCAGGCCGGACGGAGAGAGAGCCAUCAACGAGUACGUCGAGGCACCGUUCAAACAUAGCAACCAACAGGAGCGACGAGUGUUCGAGGAUGAGAGCAAACGGGGGAUCGGUGCCGAUUGCCCGAAAAUCGAUAGGAGGCAUCGACAGAAAGGUGGUGAUGCGUCCGUCGCGGCGACGCAUCGGCUGCACGCGAGCAGGACUCAAGCGUUUCGUGGAUUGAUCGCGAGCAGUGGGACGAAUGCGACCGCGUCCGCAGGCUCGAUCGCCGCGAACACCGCGACACCGAAUGCGGUGACCAAGCAGCCGGUCUCGUUCACCAAAGAACCGGCCAACAGCCUCGCUUCUAGGACUUAUGAUCCGGCCGGUUUGUCGAUAAUGUGCAAUUUCUGCGGUAGAUGUCGUUGCGAGUCUUGUCGGGAACCGCCUCCAUUGCCCAGCAAAUGGCUGUGCGACAACAAGUGUUUCUGUUCCGCCGACACGAUUCUCGAUUACGCUUCUUGCCUGUGCUGCGUGAAAGGACUGUUUUAUCAUUGCGUAGACGGGAAUGGAUCAGGUGGAAUCGAUGGGGAGGCGGCUGCUAGUUGUGCGGACGAGCCGUGCUCCUGUACGGGAAAUAGGCGAGCCUCCAGGUGGGCCUGCCUUGGCGCCUUGACUCUCGUCAUGCCCUGUUUAUUGUGCUACUGGCCGUUCAAAGGAUGUGUCGCGGCCUGUGAGGUGUGUUAUGCUCGGCACGCAGCCCAGGGAUGCAGAUGUAAUCCGAACACGACUGGGAACGCCGGAAACAGACAUCAUCCGAUCGCGAAUGAUAUCGGGGAUUCGAGAGAUCCGGAAAAGAGGUUACUCGACCCUGUCACGCCGGAACUCUAAUUGGAAGAGAUACAGCAACAGUAACACCAACACCCGCAGUGUUAUCUCUCACGUAGGAGGGGGGACACAAAAUUGCUCUUCUACGCACAGAGAUUAUCCGACAGGAGAGGGAGCAAAACGAAAAUUGCAUUAAGUACAAGAGUUGCAUUUAAGUCGAGAAACGAUAAUCGAGAAUGACGAAUUUGUACGUCUAACGUCGCGAGUGUUUUAUUUAUUAUUCUUCCAUGCGCGCGCGAAAAUGCGAAGCGAGCGAGAGAGAUUGAGAGAGCAAGAAAGAAAGAACGAAUGGAAGAACGCGAGAUCGUGUCACGGGGGAGGGAGAUGAUGCUAAAGGAUAUAGUGGCGUAGGAAAGAUGAUAGAAGGAUAAAGGGAGAAAGGGCGAGAAAGAUGACAAGGUACGCGAGCUUGCGUAUUAACGCAGAAACAUACCACUUACGUAUAGAUAGGUCUAUACACGAUAGAAUAUAUAAAUAGUACCGCGCACACACAGAGAACAAGUGCGAGCGUGACCAAGCGAAUGUGCGGAACGUGAAUGAGAGAGUGAGAGAGUGAAUAGAAGAACCACUAAAGUAUAUUAAACGCGAGCACGUGUACGCGCGUAUACACGCGUUUCUGCUGUUACUACUUGAAGCGCGUGUAUGCGCAUCUACACCUAGAUUAUAGAUAUGUAUAUUGUAUAUUAUAUUUGUAUAAAGAAAAAUCUUUUCUACGGUUAAUUUAUUCGUGGCUGAAUUGCCAAGUAACACAUAUAUAAAGUUUCGCAGUAAGAGGAGCACGACACGGAGAAGAGGCGAGACGAGAAGGCCGCGACUGGAUUAUUUGCAAAAAUUAUUUCCAGUCUCUUACCACUGCGAUAGGAAACGCAUAAAGAAUAUCGGCCGUAAAGAGGAAGAAAGAGGGAAAGAAAGCAGGAAAGGGCGGGGCAGGGGGAAGGAAAGCUCUGAAAAGAAGCAUUGUCCGUAUUUCCGAAUGUUUUCCUCGGCAUAUGAUGUAUACGCUUUUAUACUCGUUAACACUGGAAUUGUAUCGAGCGCGCGAGGCCCUGUCGAGCGUUAGAGAGCGUGAUAUGACACGAGAUCGAGAUAAUGCACGCGCGUUCGGGUUGCAUGAGAGCGAGAGAACUGUAAAUCUGUAAGAAUGAACGUUUGCGUUUAUGUGUGUAUGUUAAGUAUGUAUGCGUAUGUGGGUGUGCUUCAUGGGGUCGACGAGAAUGCGGGCAGAUGGAAAAAGGACAAUUGCGUGGGGGGCAUAAGCGUGAGGAGAAGAAAACACAGAUCAGGAGGAGGGAGUGGGGAGAAAGAGCAACGCACGCCUGAAAUCUCUUCUACGUACGUAUAUAGUAUACCACAUUCGGGCGUCGUUUCCAUUUUGUUAAUUUUCUCUUUUUUUUUUUUUUCCAGUAUUAUCUAGUCGUGCGAGUUUAAUUAAAUAUCGUUUCGUUAGGGAACGGGGGAAUGACAAAAGCGAUACAUGCAUGCGUGGUGGUUGCUAAACUGAUGCUGUUAUUGGCUCCGCUCUCUGCUUUACAAGGAGAAUGGAUUUGGACGAAGGAAAUUCGCGUUAACUGGAUCUUUUUCUUCUUUUUUUCUUUUUUUCCUUUUCUUUUCUUUUCUUUUUUUUUCUCUCUUAACAAAUGUUGACUUAACGUAUAUACAGGGAUAAUCGUUUUCCUCAUUAGUUCAAGUCUACUUCUCAGGCAAGAUUUAGAAAAUAAUUAACGCCUUUGAGAUUCUUUGGUGUUGGAGCUGCCACUGCAGCCCGCAACGGCGUUUAAUUGCACGGUAACAGCGCUUCCCACGCGGACGGAAUUCACCGAACGAAGGUGUGUUAACUUUCCAUUCUCGAGCAGCUUGAUCGUUGAAGAAUGUACCACGCUGUCGAUGUUCCACGAGGACACACAUCGUCGUUGUUUUGACUGUACGAUCGUUUCGUUGUCGAAAUUUUAUCUGAAAUUAUUUUUUUAAUCAAAUAUUCUAUAAAACUAUAUCAUUUUUCAUUUUUGCAUAUUUAAAUAUCGAAAGCGUUACGAGUGAUUGAACAUAUAUCAUUGAUCGCAAAUGCAUACGAAGUCGACAGCGAGAAAGGAAAUUGCUAGAAGUUCAUAAGGUACGAGUGAGAAGAAAGGAAUCAAAAUGUUCGAAAAUAUGUCACGAAAAAAGCGAUUGUUCGAAAGCAAUGAUUCUUCAAACUACUCGUUCGGCUUCGCUCAUCGCGAAGAAGUAGCGAGAAGUGAGACGAAAUUAUUAUCAUCAUCGAAAAGUCAAUAUGGCGACAAAGAUCGAACAUCAAACGAAUCGUGACGCGUCUACAUUCGUACCUUUAUUCUUCCAUGUUGAGGGAAUAAGAGAACGCAUGGUACAUAAAGAACGGAGAUUGAUCGAUAAUUCAUAAUUUUAAAUUCAUUGAUCGGGUUACCCUUUCACCAGCCAAGAAUCGUUUACGUAAAUAAGUAAUACUAGUUUAAAAGCUCAAGAAUAGACAAUCGAAUUUGAUUGGUUGUUUCUAAUAGAUUUUAUACACAAAAUAAGAAUACUGAUCGAAAGUGUCACCAUCUACAGAUAAGAUCGUAUAAUACCAUCUGAGCAAGCGAGUAAACUAUACAUUUAUUUAUUAUAUACUCGAACUUUUGUUGCGGAUACUGUAUGCUCGAGUCUUAUCCCCACCAUUGCAAAUUCUUUUUGCUAGUGAAGUGCAUAAUAUCAUACCGAGAUAAUACGUUACAAAUUUUUUGAAAUAUACAAGCUUUUAAUUAGUCUUUUGCUAGUUCUCAUUUAUUAUUGUUGCCAAAAAUAAAAUAAGGUUAGAAUUUCAUAUUCCGAUCUUAUAACGGACGUUCUAUAUUUCAAAUGUCAAUUCUUGAGCCUGACUAGUGUAUUACGUUCAUGUUGUGAAUAUAUUUUACGUAACAAAAGAAACGAUGAAAGUGUUUCACAGAAACGUUUUCACAGAGAAAAGUCAAUUGGAUGUUUUUGAAUGUUUAUUAAGAUUCGAUUGAAUGAAUCGAUGCAAGAGGAAAGAAGUUUGCUACAAUGUUAAUUAGAAAGUAAUGUGCGACAAUCCCAUUGAUGUUUGUAUAUACCUACGCACACGUCUGUAUGUAUAUGUGUGGUUCGAUGUGUGUGCGCGCGCGCGUCUCGCCAAGCGAAAAGAAAAAAAUGUAAGUUUUUAUUAAUAUUAACUCUAUAUGCUCUGUGUGUGUAUAUGUCUUGUAAAUAUAUAUAUAUAUACAUGCAUAUAUGUAUAUCUAUAUAUAUGCACAUAAAUAUUAUAUAUACACACAUACGUAUAUAUACUUGUAUAUAUAUAUAUGUAUACAUAUAUAUUUAUGCAUUUCUGUUUAACAUGUUAGAAACCGUAGUUUGAGGACAGUCAAAAUUCUUUCCGAUUUAUUUCGAUUCUCCGAAUGAUUUAGAAAUUUGUCUGUCGUUCUUUGCAAUAUCAUUUUAUCGAAUGCGCAGAGGCUAUAACAGGACAAGAAAUCCGAUCGAUUCUGUUUUUAUCAUCUUGUCUUUUACAUUCUAUCUUUUUUUUUUUUCUGUAUCGUUCAUUAUUAUGUCUUUCUUUCGACGUUUCACAGUAUCGAAUUGUACUUAGGCAGCGGUCAUUUUCGAAAUAUAUUCGAAUGCAAAUACUUUCGACGAAUCGAAGUAUAUUCUUUUUUCCUUUGCAUUCUUUUUCAUCGCUCCAAAUUAGUCUUUAGAUUAGCAGGAAAAAAAAAAGAAAAAAAAGUGAUACACGCAAAUACAUUUUACGUAAUAUAUAUCGUUGAUUGGAAAAAACGAUCGAGAGAAAGACAAUUCAGUCUAUCAUGAGAUCAGAAUUAAUAUCAUUGAACAAAAAAAAAAAAAAAUAUAUAUAUAUAUAAGAUUAGAACGAGCAAUGCGCAUAAAUAAAAAAAAAAAAAAACAGAAAUAGACAUAAAUCGGCGUAUUUAGAUUUGAUCAAUCUCUUCUACAAUGAACGAGCUUUCAUCGCAUUAGGAUCGUUACCGUGUGGUUUCCUUUACGAAGCUUGAUCUUCAGGAAAUUGUAAUUGCAGAGCAUCGACAUAACUAUGAUAUAAAUAUUAUCUUACGUACAUGGACGUACGAUAUUAAAAACGAAAAAAAAUAACGUGGUAUAAAAAUACCAGAAGGAAAGAUAUCAAUUCGGUGUAUUAACCCCCCCCCCCCCAAAUCUCAUGGACGAUCGAUACAAAUUCGCCUCAAACUGAACGAUCUUUCUACAUUUGAUAAUAAUAUAUCGCGAUGGCUAUAAAAUAAAUGGCAAAACGAAGGGAAAAGAAACGGAAAAGAAAAUGAAAAAAAAAAAAAAAGAAAAAGAAACAGCAGAAUAGAAAAGAACGAAAAAUUCCAUUACUUCCGGUUGAUGCGAAUUCGUUACGUCCAUAGGAAUGCGUUGACGCACAUGUUGUUAUCUAAUUGUUAGUAGAUUCAAGUUUAUACCGGCAAUUGUUAAUAAAGUUAGUAAGCAAAUA